GUCCUUAAAGGGCCAGUGUGCAGGUCUGCAGCUGGCUCGGGAUGAACGAGGGCUGCUGGGAAUCGAAACUUAACUGCGGGCUGAAGUCAGUAACAGAGCCUCGAAGGGAGUCUUCCUCCUCGGCUCGCUGUUUACCAGCGUCUGCUCGACCUCCCAGCUGCAGAAAGUUGGACACUGAAUGACUUUAAACAUCUAUUUGGUUCAAUGAACUUCCCCUCGCUUCUCUAGAUACCAAGCAUGGACCCUGCCAGACACAAACGCAAGGAGGAAAUAAAGAACUCUCUGAAGUUUAUACAGUCUUCGCUGGCUUAUCCGGAUCCUGAGGGCUACCAGGACUUCCUGACCCGAUUAGUUUGCAACCUUCUGUAUGAGGGCAACGCCUCGUUCAGAGACGGGGAGUGGGAGCAGGCGGUGAGAGAGUUCAGUGAAGGCUUGAAUGUCUCGCACUAUGCUGCAGCAGAGGAGAUCCAGAUCCCAGAAGCCCUGCUGGAGAGCCUGUAUGUGAACCGGGCAGCAGCCUACCACAGCAUGGGGGAACAUGAGCAAGGCGUGAAGGACUGCGACAGAGCUCUGAAAGUGUGUAAAGAAAGCCGCAGUGCGCUGUACAGGAAGGCACUUUGUUUGAAGGAGCUCGGGAAGUACAAGGAGGCCUACAACUGCACCACCGACUGUCUGCUCGUUACUCGUCUGGACAAACAGGUGAAUGAGCUCGCACAGGAGCUGGCCAUCCAUCUGGGACUGAAAAAUCGGAAACCAUAUGUCAGCGUAAAGGAAGGAGGAAUUAUCACGAGAGAUGUCGCUAAUGGAAACAUGACUGCUGAAGCCAUCAAGGUGUCUGGUGCUCUUGUAGGAAAUGGUUUGAAUCCUCUGCGUGGCCUCGUACCAGUCAGUUUUCCCAGCAUGCCUCAGUCCUCCAUUCCCUCCCCAGUUCCCAGCUACCACCAACCUGCUGUCUCCUCAGUUCCUGACACGUUGAACACUUUGGAGGACUCGGAGCUGAUGGGAGACGAUUUGGACAGUCUGCUCGACUGCUUCCGUAAUGAGACGGAGCCAACUGAGACCCCCACCCAGGCAGCACCCUCAAUCCCACACAGGACUUCCACUUGCAAACGCACCGUCCCUGUAGUCCUGCCUGCCCCAACACCCCAGCUACCACCGGCCUUCUUCAGCUCGGCCAUCAGCCAACUCAACUCCCUGGACUCCUUUUCAGUCAGUGGGUACAGCACCACAAGUGGAACACUGGAUGCCCUAGACUACCUCUUGACCUCUGGCAGUGGAGGUGACGCAGGUGCCACAAAUUUAGCUCUGACCUCCGAGGCACUGGAUGUUCUGGAUGGCCUCGAUUCCCUGGACGACUUCUUGGAUACGAUUCCAAGUGCUGCUCGAAUUGAGUCCAAAACAGAACUUGAUGCCGGGGAAACGUCCCUUGAUGAUUUGCUGGAUGAACUUGAUCCUCUGAAGACCGUCUCUGAUGCAGGCCGUCAGAAUGGGGAAGUCCCUAAAACUGGCGUGAAAGCUGUGAACGUGCUGGACUCCCUUGAUGCCCUGGACUCGUUUCCCUCAGUGGAAGGUGUUGUGGCAGCCUUGCCACCAAUCUCCAAGGGGGGAACAGGUCUGGAUACACUCUCUGAUUUCAGCUCAACUGGUAUCACAUGCUCUCAAACUGCUGCAGCUCCAGUAAUGCGUUCUCCAAAGAAAAACUACAAAGAGAAGAAUAACCCUGCUCUGGUUUCAGCCUCUAACCCGCUGUCCUCCACUCAUGAGUUCCUUCAGGCCUGCUCUGCCUGUUUCCCUCGGACAGGUCAAGGCAUAUAUACAUUUGUUCACAAGCCAGACCUGGUCCACAGCUGUAAGCAAGACAUUCUGUUAUGCAGAUUCAAGUCAGGUUAUCCAUCCGAGUGGACCAGAGUACGACAGAUUCCUAACUGGAGUACCUUCAGCGGGCCGUUUGUACUUUGCAGGGAGCUGCUGAAGUCCGGUGAUUUGGGCCUCUGCAAGUACGGGGAGCAAUGCACGUUUGCCUACAACCAGCUGGAGAUAGACGUUUGGACGGAGGAGCGGAAAGGGACGCUGGACAGAAACCUGCUGUUUGACACAUCAGGUUUAAAACUGGACCCCGUCAACAGCAUCAUCCGCCUUCUGCAGGAAAACAAGGGCAUCUUCAUAUUCCUCUGUCAGGAAUGCUAUGACGGUAAACCUAGAAUCAUCAGUAAGCGCAGUAGAGACGAUCACACCAUCUGCUCUAACCUGAAAGCUCGCCACACGUUCGAUGCCAAUAAGUGCUUGGCGUUUGUGGUGCGGACCCACAGCGUGAACUACAAAAAGGUCCGACCGCUGAGCGUCCUGUGCCACUUGGAUUUGUGCCGUCAAGCCAUCCGGUACGGCUGCCUGAAAGAGGACAGCUGUCAUUAUGCCCACUCCGUCAUAGAGCUCAAAACCUGGAGGGUGCAGAGCGACACAGGUAUCAGCCCUGAUGAGAUUGUGAAAGUAUCCACAAAAUAUAUUGAAAAGCAGGAGCAAAACUCAAGCAAACAAGGAAAUAGACAGCUGUCUUCCGGAGGUGAUGGGAGCAAACCAAGAGGAGGAGGAGUUGGGAAGAGCCCGAACAUGAGGAUGAAGUUUGCCUGUGCUCAGUGCAUGCGGGACGGACUUAUCAGUGAACCAGACAAAGCCCUGAAGCACUGCAAUGCAAAAGCCAAGCACACGUGGACUAAAGAGAGAUGGGUACUGCUGGUCAAGUCCAUGGAGAAAAGUAAAUGGGUUCAGGUCCGACCGCUGCCACAUGCCAAGAACUUCCCUGUGCAGUAUGAUAUAUGCAACCAGAUUUUGAAGAAAAGGAAGUGUAACUACUCAGGGAACUGCACCUUUGCUCACAGCCAAGAGGAGAGGGAGAUGUGGAUGUAUAUGAAGAAUAAUGACUUGCGGGAAAUGCAGCAGAUAUAUGACAUGUGGCUGUCAUUAACCACCCACAACCGGCAAGCAGAUGGAGCCAUGCUCACCCAGCCGGUCCCAGAAGAAAAAUGUAUCGUCAUGCCCACUGACUAUGCUGAACCAAUGAAUGGUUUCCACUGUCGUCUGUGUGGUAAGCACAGUAACGGUGAGCGGCAGUGGCAGCAGCACAUCUCCACUGAGAAACACAAGGACCGGGUGUUCAGCUGUGAGGGAGAGGACGAGGCUCUGACGUGGAACUACCGUUUCCCUGGACCAUGCAUUGAACUCUGCCCCAAGUUUGAUGGCGGCUGUCCUGACGGUGUGAGCUGCGACUACGCCCACAGCUUAGAGGAGCUGCAGGAGUGGACUGAGAGACGAGAUUUCCUGAGACAGAAGCUGAAAAAAGCCAGGGAGGACAUGCUCAUCAUGCCUGACGAGUUUGACUUUGGGAAGUUCAACUUUCUACUUCAGGGCUGAGAAUAUAUAUAUUUUUCAACAUUCUAAGCCAUUAACUGCCAAACUAGCCUUUCAGUUUAUGAAGAGUUUUCAAAUCAUGACCAAAAUAAAAAAGGUGAUGUGAUCAGCUGUUUAUACAAUUUGCCUGCCAAAAGAGGGCUUGACAUAAUUCAUGAAACACAUGUAUUUGCAUUCUCAAACAUGCCAAAUACUCCUUACUCUAAAUAUUUAAAUUUCCUCUUACUGUUCGGAAAAUCAGAGCCACUUUUUGCUGUUAAGCUUAAACAUCAGUAGAAAAAGUACUCGUCAUUGUGAAGGUAAGGCUCACGUUGAUGCCACUUUUAAAAACACAGCAGAUACAAAGACACACUGCUCAUCACAAUAUUCAUCAAAGAUUCAUGUUUAAUCAUACAUGCAGCCGUUUAGAUUUAGAAUUGUUUUGUUCUUUUCCCUUCUGUUUGUGUUCUGUUUUAACAGGUAUAAUACGAGUAUUAUUGACAUAGCUUUCAUUCUACAAUUCACUCUGAGAGAGGAUGUUCAAGGCCUUGACUGGGCAUUAAAAUACUCCCAAAAAAAAUAUUUUUCUUAAUAAA